GCACGUGAACUCUUUGAACACAUGCGGCUCGGUGCAGAUACGGAGCUCUCUCCCUCUCUCCCUCUCUCCCUCUCUCCCUCUCUCCCUCUCUCCCUCUCUGCUUUGGUUUGUUUCGGUCCAUAGUUACUCGUACUUGACUUCUUGGUUGUCAUAUGGAGCCGAACGGUCGUCCUCUCCAGGGGCAGCCUCAUGGUGCUGCAGCUCUGGACCAAGCACAGCUCGAUAUCCUUGGGCAGCGCAGAGAAAAGCAGUUCCUGUCGAGUCUGGAGAGGGUGAAGGAGCAGUGUUGGUGUUCUGCUCCCAGGUUGAAGAGCUUCCUGCUCAGCUGUUGUCCCGUCCUGUCAUGGCUGCCUCGUUACUCCAUCAGAGACAGCGCAGUGGGAGACCUGGUGUCUGGAGUCAGUGUGGGGAUCAUCCAGCUGCCACAGGGUAUGGCCAACGCCAUGUUGGUGGGAGUUCCUCCAGUGUUCGGCCUGUACACCUCAUUCUAUCCUCUGCUCAUCUACUUCAUCUUCGGCACCUCCAGACACCUCUCCAUCGGUACGUUUGCCGUCCUGGCCAUCAUGAUUGGGUCUGUGACAGCUAACGUGGAGUUGCUUAGCAACAGUGUUGAAGAGAGUCAGGCUGAUGUGGAGGCAGCCAAAGUGAACGUGGCUGUACAACUCACCUUCCUGUGUGGCCUGAUACAGCUCCUGCUGUACUUGCUGCGUGGUGGCAGUGUGUGUCGCUGGUUGUCCGACCCUGUGAUCAGAGGCUACACCACCGCAGCAGGUCUGCAUGUGAUCAUCCUGCAGCUGCCACUGAUGACUGGGAUACCAGCACAGAGACACACAGGCCUGCUGGCUUCAGCCUGGACUUUAAAGGAUAUUCUGUAUGGUGUGACCAGUGCUGUACCAGGAGCUCUGUCAGUCUCUGCCGUUUCCAUGGUGAUACUCAUCGGCGGCAAGAUGCUGAAUGAGCGCUUUAAGAACAAGCUGCCUGUCGCCAUACCCUGGGAACUUAUACUGGUCGUCCUGGGCACCGUCCUGUCGGUGCAGAUGGAUCUGACUGGACAGCACAGAGUCCAGGUGGUGGGACACAUACCCAGCGGCUUGUCUCCCCCGGUGCUCCCCUCUCUGUCUCAGGCCAGAGAGCUGUUCCUUCCCGCUCUGUCUGUGGCUCUGGUUGGCUUCAGUUUCCUCUCAGCCAUGGGCUCAGUGUUCGCCCACAAACAUGGCUACCAGGUGGACCCCGGUCAGGACCUGCUGGCUCUGGGUCUGUGUAACACCAUCGGAGGAAUGUUUCAGUGCUUCGCCGUCAGCUGCUCCUUCUCUCGCAGCAUGGUCCAGGACAGCAUUGGUGUCAAAUCUCAGACGGCAGGUUUGGUCUCAGCUCUGAUGAUUCUGACCAUCUUGUUGAAGAUCGGUCAUCUCUUUGAGAAGCUGCCAAAGGCAGUGUUGGCAGUGAUCAUUGUGGUGAACCUGCAGGGGAUACUGGCUCAGUUCAAAGACGUGUGUGUGCUCUGGAAGUCUGGCAGAUUAGACCUGCUGGUCUGGGUGGUGUCGCUGAUCUCCACGUUGACCUUUAACCUUGACCUGGGUCUGGCCGUGGCCGUGGUCUUCUCUCUGCUCGCACUCAUCUACAGGACACAACACUCCUCCACUGCUGUUCUGGGUCGAGUUCCUGGUACAGACUGUUACGGAGACGUGGGACUCUACACUCAGGCAGAACAAGUUCCUGGGGUCACGAUCCUCUCCUGCUCCACUCCACUUUACUUUGCCAACUCUGAGCUGGUCUUCACAGAGAUCAGAGAGACAGUGCGUCGUCAUCAGAACAACAACCCAGCUCCAGUCCACACUGCUCCUUCCUCUUCCUCCUCCUCCUCCUCCUCCUCCUCCUCCUCCUCCUCCACCCAGACUCCGACACACACCCACUGCCUGGUCCUUGAUCUCAGCUCGGUCAACUUCAUGGACUCUGCGGCCAUGACGGCACUUUGCAAGGUUGUAGAUGACUUUGAGGUCCAAGGCAUUGGUGUGUUUCUGGCAGCGUGCACAGAGAGAGUUUUAUCUCAGCUCCAGACUCAGGAUUGUGUUCCAGACAUCCUUCCACGCUCCCGUCUCUUCCCAUCAGUCCACCACGCCGUCCAGCGCCACCUCAGCACCUCGCCCCGGCCUCUGGAGGAAAUCAUCUCCGACCCAAGUGAAUGUUGAAGCUCUGGUGUGAAUCACAGUGACGUCAACAAGAGGACAGACAGAAACCCCUGAGGUUGACUUGAACCUACAAAGAGACCAGUUCCUUAUCCAUUAUCCACUGGGGCUUCCAUGUUAAAACUGAUGGAGACAUGAAGACAUGAGCAGCAGGGAUCAGAUGUGAAUAUGAAACACUGCUGCUCCGUCUCCACAGUGACACUGGACCAGCAGUUGCACAAUGACAUGGUAAAAGAAAAAUAAAUCAUCACUGACUCAUGCAGCUUCAUCCUGUUAAUGGGAGAUAUCUUUGUUUUCAUUGUGACGUCAUCGUCUCCGUCCUUCCUUGUUCUGGAUUAAAUAACAAUGGCAGGGGUUUGUACAGGUUGCAGCAGGUGAUGGAGACAGGCAGUAUUGCAGAGACAGAGAAAUAUGUGGCUGCCCCACCCUCAACAGUUUCUCAUUAUUAUUCAGCUGCAGCAAGAGAAUUUAGUCUUUUGCACUGUUUUUAAUAGCAGAAAUAUAAUUAUUUCUAACUUGAUUUAUAACAAUCAACAUAUAACAAUAGUAUAGGUUUCCUAUCCAGAAACAGUAUGAGGACUAUCAAAAGCUUAAGAAGUGAAUGGACAUGAUGUCUCCUGUCUGCUUAAUGUGAAACUGUACAAUGAUGUCAACUAUAACAAGAAACAAGAGGGAAAAACAAUGUUAAUGAUUAAUGUGGGAAUCAACUUUGGUUAUAGAAUAAACCAUGAGACAACAAAUUAAACAAUAAUCCAUCUGUGUUAUAUGUUAGGAUGGACAUUAUAGUUUACUGCACAUUGUAGUUUCUAUACAAUAUAUAUGAUUUAUAUAUUUGUCAUAUAAUAUAAAGAUGAAUUAUCCAGU